CAGACAGUUUACACCAACCCUCCGCCAUGAUCAGAACUGUCAAGGCGGACAAUCCACCCUCGGAUAGCUGGAGAAAAACGUUGAUUACCGCUAUUGUGAUCUUAUCGGUUGUUUCCAGCGGAAAAACGCGGUGGAUAUCUCCAAAUGAUUUUCUAAGUCUGAAUAUAGAUUGCAGUGAAAAUAGAAUAAGGGUUGAAGCCCGAACUCUAGACCCUUUCUCAGGAAUGAUGUAUAUUGAAAGCCCUUCCAAAAUAGGAUCAGGGGCAUCAAGGGUACCCAAGGGGUGCCAAGUGAGAGGAGGAGGGGGACAUGAGAUAGGACUUUCUGUUGCCCCUGGUGGGUGUGGCUGGGAAAAGAAAGGGGAGAAGAUUUAUUUGCAAGUUUAUGUACAGUACGAUGCUUAUGUACAACAGGUAAUCGAUGAAAAGCUGAAUAUUGAAUGCGAUUUAACAACUAAACAAGGCUCUAUUUCUGUCCCCACAGCAGUGCCCAACAACAUUAUUGUAGGACAGGCUUAUAUCAAUGCAAUGACUGAAAAGGAAGUAAAAAACAUUGUCCGGAUAGCAAAUACAAACGAACAUGAAGAAGAAGCAAAAAUGAAGAUUUCUAAAAAUGAAGAAAAGCUGGAAAAGAGGAAUAGAAAACUAGAAGAUAAAUAUGCAGCAUUGGAACAGUUUAACACUAUGAUAUCACAGGUAAUGUCGACAGAGAAGAACGAUGAUGAGGAUAUCCGAGGUUGGAUGGAGGUCUGGGGCUCUCCAGGAACCUCCUCUGCUGGUGUCCUAGAAGCCAUGAGUAAUGCAACCCUACUUCUUAGAACUUGGGGUUCAAGGAACCCUUCUAGGCUAGGAGCCUGCACAAUCCGGACAGAAACUGGCGUGCUGGUGCUAACUGACGAGGAGGGGUGUGGCCAGGGACUAACAGGCAGAUCUGUGAGCCGGGGGGUGGAGCAGAUCAGCCACACCUUCACUGUUCCAGACAACAUUGGAAAGGCGAAGAUAUCUUGCAAGGUUGUCUCCUGCUCAUCGUGCCACGAAUCCUGCAGUUUCAGUGGUUCAGAACUCCAGAAAAUUGAACUCGCGGAUCCUACGAGCCGAAAGGACGAUAUACGAAGUUUCGAGCAAACUAGGGACGAAUCAACGGACGAGGUUUUAUUCCUUGAAUCUAGUGUGACGAUUAUAGGAGGAGAACUGCAGGAAGCCAGGGUAGACGAACAAUCGGUUGAACCCGAUGUUCACAAUGGACCUAGUAACCCACCUACCAGUCUUAUAGAACACCUUCAGAAUGAUACGGAGCUGUGUAUGUCCCCCUCCCGCCUAGUUCUCAUGUUUGGAAUCCUCAUCCUCGUUCUUGUCCUCGCACUUCUCUUCUCAUGCAUCCUCUGGGUUAAAGCUAGAGCUAGGUUUAGACCUCCGAGGCCGUUUCCUCCACGUGCCGGACCACAGUAUAGGAUCCCUCCGAGAGCAUCUCCUUAUAUCAGAGUUAUUACGUAAACCAAGAUUAAUACAACAUCAAACAGCCAGUUUGUGCGAAAAUAAAUUUUGUGCAAACCAGCACCAAACGUUUAGUAAUUUCCGCGAAAAUUUAAGGAAACGAAGAAAAUUGCGGCCGAAGCAAAAUAAUUUCACAAUGAUUUUUGACUGUUGUUGUAAACCAUACUGCCAACUUGUAUUGGGUAUCAUUUUUAUCAGUUUUUGGGGGGUCAAAAAAGCUCUACAUGUUUCGUUUCUUAUCAUUUCUUUAUUUUUACAUUUUGCAAACUUUUUACUCCUACAUUUUUUAAGUGGUCCGUUAACAAUAGAUUAAUUCUGCUGAUGCUUAGCACAGUGUAUCUGUUCUCGUGACUCUCAUAGGAGAGCAUUGUUAUUGUACGAGACAAUACAGGUCUUAAAUAGAAUAUUU